UUGCUGCUCAGAGCAGAGCAGAGCUGCAGUGCUCGGGACUAGGCCCUGGCCAGCCACACCAGCUGGAGACUCCGCACUUUUCUUUGUCCUCUGCAGCCGGCUGCUCACGGUCUCCUUCCUGCCGAACCAGAGGCCCCCAGAGAGGCGAGGACAGACGACGUGGACGGGAGCCUUCCCCUAGCUCCAGACCUGAGGCUGCAGUUAGAACAGAAAGUCACUGGACUCCUGAGGACACGUCGGACUCCCCCACGGACAAGAUGAGCAAGGGUUCAGGGGACAAGGAUUACAUUCUUCUGGGUAAAGAUGUGGAGCAAGAAGGUAGAGGUCUGUCUGAUGAAGAAAGACAAUUUUUGAAAGAGUUUCCCAUCUUUAAAGCGGAACUAGAAGCGGCCAUCACUAAACUCCAUGCUCUUGCGGAAGACAUGGAUAAAGCCCACAAAACAUUCACGAAGGUCAGCAUGGUGUCCAACAGUGUCUCUGUCAUCUCCAACAUAAUGGGCAUCCUGGGUUUAGUCCUCGCUCCAGCAACAGCUGGAGGGAGCCUGAUGCUUUCUGUUGCUGCUACAGGCAUUGGGUCGGCAGCUGGGGCCACCGGCACCAUCACUGACAUUUUGAAAUACCUUCACAAAAAAAACAUCAAAGCUCAGGCCGACAUCCAAGUGCCUGACACUGAGCAACACUUGGCCAAAAAUGUUGCAAAAUGUGCCAUUAAUCUUGGAAUAAACAUCAGGAACAUCGAGAAGAAUGUCAAUGCCUAUCAGAUAGCCAAGAACUACCCCCGCCUGGCCGCAGCUGCCGAGCGUCUCCUGGCCACUGGCCGAGUCUCGUCCCGAACGAAAAAGCAGGUGCAGAUGGCCUUUGAAGGUACAGCGAUGGUGAUGAGCCACACUACUCGCUUGCAGAAAAGUGGGAUGGCCUUCCUUGCCCUUGGCAUGGACUUGCAAGCCCUCAUGAGGAACAUGGCGGACCUGAAGGAGGGAACAACUACAGAGUUGGCAGAAGACCUGAGGGCCAAGGCCCGGGUGAUGGAGAGACAGCUGACAGAACUCACCAAGCUCUAUGAGCACCUCAAGCAAAAGGUAAGGAAAAAUGGCGAUGGUAUUGGGAAGGAGUACUCCCAGUGA